AUGUUUAUCACUGCCAGCAGUCCCACUGCAGUUGUGAAACUCGGCAAGAGCGUGGGUACGGCGAUUGUAGUACGGGCUAAUAGUGAUCCAGAACGUGAUAAUCGAGGAGGGCAAAAAUUCGUAUAUUAUCACAUUGUAUUCUAUUAUGUAAAAACUAGUGCUGGACAUCAAAUCCGGAUAAAUCCGUAUCCGGAUUACCAAUCCGGAUCAAUCCGGUUUGAAACAACCGUCAUUAAUCUGUUUAUCCGGAUUAAAAAUUAUCAAUCCGGAUUAUAUAACCAAUCCGGAUUUUGA